AUGCUACCAAGCGCGACCAUCCUGCGCACAGCGCGCGUGUUGUUCCCCUCCUUCUCGUCACCCCUUCGACGUGCUGCCACACCCCGAACAUUCACAAACCUCACGUCACAAACAUUACGAAGACCUCAAUUGAUACCGUCAUCUACAAAUGGAAUACAGGAGCAAGUGCGGGGGAUGAAGGUUAGGAGUUCGGUGAAGAAGUUGUGUGAGGGUUGUAAGAGCGUGAGGAGAAAAGGUGGCAAGAGUGGGAAGGGACAUGUUUAUAUUAUUUGCUCGUUGAACCCUAAGCAUAAGCAGCGGCAGGGAAAAUAG